AUGCUUCCCCGCGCUGCAGUCUGGAGUGCCGGGCCGUCCUUUUCCUUGAUCUUGAAAGAUGGUAGUUGCAUCGGAGCGUCUGCUGAUCGGCCGAGAUAUGUCUUGGUUAUGCCAAACAGCAAGGCAUUCGCUACUGGAGAACCACCUCAACAUUGUUCGCGUGGAGAGCGUAAAUUGGCUGGGCUUUGCGACUUUGAGGACAAGGAAGCUGGCUCCUCAAUGCUUGAUUAG